CAGCGUCACCACGGCACGCAGUCACGCACCGCCCUCUCGGUCUCGGCCUCUCCUUGGUGACCGUUGCGCGCACAGUCACUCACACGGCGUUCAAAACGCACCACAAAACGCCCCACUACUCCCCGAGCCGGUCAAGCCAUAGACGUUGCCCACUCUGGUCAAGGCUCGAGAAAGCGAGAGAGUGAAAAGCGCCGCCGUUUCGAGAGAGAGGUGGUUGGUUGCUCGCCGUCGCUGUCGCCGUCGCCGUGACGAGAUGGGGUGCAUCUCCUCGAAGCUGCUCCCGCCCGGGCCGGGCGACGCGAGAGGGGGAAGCGGCGCGCGCGCCACCGUGCGUGGCCGCGUCGACCAUGUGGUGUCCCUCACCUCCACCACCUACGGGGUGCUCGACCUCCACCCCAAGCACGGGGCUGCGGCUGCCGCGGCAGCGGCGGCAGCAGCGGCGGCGGCGGUGGCGUGCCAGGAAAAGGUGCAGGAGACUCAGGCUCAGCCGCCGCAGGAGGAUAAGCCGAUAAGCAGGGAGUGGAAGCGCGCGAGGCCGCCGCCGCUCGUGGUCCCGAGCGCCAAGAAGCCGGCGCCGGCGGGUAAGCUGGACUCCGGAUUGGAGGUUAUCAACGCCUGGGAGAUUAUGGCCGGGCUGGAGGACGCCGACGCCGCGGAUGCGUCGCCGGCGAAGAAGCCGGCCAAGCAGCCGAGUCGUUGGUCGCCGGCAAGGGUCAUCGCAAUGGCCCUGCCGUCGCCCAAGAAGUCGGCGACGAAGCGGAGGAACACGCCCGGGAAGGAGAACAGCCCGCUGCAGCGCUGCUCCGGGAACAACAACAGCAGCAACAUCAACAAGACCGGCGACGUCAACGUCGACAGGGUCCUCCGGCCGUACAAUUCAAUCGACAACUCGAAAUUGUCCAGGAUGUCCAAGAGAUUCUCUCCGGUGAGCGCUCGGAUCGUCCGGAAGCCCGGGCCGCCGGAGACCGGCGGCGGAAUGUCGUCGUCGCGGCGGAGCCUGAGCCCGCUGUUCGACCCGGAGCUCCUGGCGUCCAUCGAGCGCGAGCUGUCGGAGGAAGGCGCCCACAUCAAGCGGAUGGUCGGGUCGGAGAAGCCCAAGCACCCGAAGGCGGCGCCACCGGCGAUGGUGGCCGAGGGGAAAUGCCCGCCCGGCGGCGCCGACGCGGUCGUCCUGUACACCACCACCCUCCGCGGCAUCCGCAGGACGUUCGAGGAGUGCAACGCGGUGCGCGCGGCGAUCGAGGCCCACGACGUGAAGUUGAUCGAGCGGGACGUGUCCAUGGACUCGGGCUACCGCGAGGAGCUGCGGCUGCUGCUGGGCGGGCGGGAGGUGCGCGUGCCGGCGGUGUUCGUCCGGGGCCGGCACGUCGGCGGCGCGGCGGAGGUGACCAAGCUGGAGGAGGAGGGCAAGCUGAAGGCGCUGCUGCAGGGCCUCCCGCGCGCGCGCGUCUGGUGCGCCGGCUGCGCCGGCGUGCGGUUCGUCAUGUGCCGGGACUGCAACGGCAGCCGCAAGGUGCGCGUGGACGGCGAGCGGAAGGAGACGGUCCAGUGCGGCGAGUGCAACGAGAACGGCCUCGUCCGCUGCCCCAUCUGCUCAUGAUGGAUCCGGCGAUGGAUAGCUGUGAAUCGUGUGUGAUGUCCAAAGUUGUGGAGCAAUUCGUGUCGUGUUGGGUCGAUUCGCGUGUCUACCCCCGGCUGAUGUUGGAUUCUGGUUUGUGCUGCUUGUUGUGCUCGGCAACGGCUAACAAUUGUAAUCUGUACCGAUUACUAUUCUUUCUUUACCACUUUGUGAUAAUUUAAUCGCUUUUCAUUCUUUCGCAUUGA